AUGCUUGAAAACUCCGAACUUCCCUUUAUCUUCCCACCGGAUUCUGACGCUUUGUUGAUCACUGAAACCUUAAUUAAAAGACAUGUUGUUGCGCUUGGAAAAAGUGGGAACAGGAAAAACACAAGCGAUGGGAAGGACAAUCAAGCUGAUAACAACACCAAGAAUGGCUCUCAAAACAACAGCAAACAUGCCACUGGAAAUGACACCAACAGCACACCCACCACCACCUUGAGAAUCUUCAACAACACUCUCAAGCCCAACCAACUCAAUAACUACACUCGCUAUCUCAGGUCCAAAAUACAAAACAAGGCAGUUCCCAUACUCAAACAGUUUAUUGGGCCACCCAACGAAAUUGAAGCCAAUCUCAAUUCGUUGUACUCCCAGCAGAAGAUCGCCACAUCGUACAAAGAGUGGUUGAACUGCUCCAGCAACAUUGACUUGUUGCUAUCAAAUAACGACUGGAAAGCAGUGCCCGAAUCUAACUUGUAUGACCAUGCCCUACUUCAAUUCAAACUAAACGAGCUCAGACAGUUGAGAAGCGCCAAAAACUAUUCAAAGUUGUUGUAUAUCAUCAGAACAACAUGGUUCAGAAAUGUGGCCAACAUCAACAACAUCAACUUAUACCGCCAUUCCUUGGUGGGUACCAAAUACUUGAUCCAAGACUACUUGGAAGAGUGCCAGGUCGCUCUCAAUUCUUUUGCUAACCCCGAAAUCAAAACUGGCAUCGAUGACAGAUACAUCCUAUCCAUAUUAAUUCAAACAAGAAAGGCCAUAGGCAGAACUGCACUUGUUCUCAGUGGCGGCGGUUGUUUUGGCAUGUUUCACAUUGGCGUCCUAUCAACAUUAUUGGAAAUCAACUUGUUGCCCAAAAUCAUCUCAGGCAGCUCUGCUGGCUCAAUUGUUGCUGCUAUUUUGUGCGCCCAUUCAAACGAAGAAAUCAAUGUGCUAAUGGACGACAUAUUGUCCAAGAAAUUCAAUAUAUUCUCAAGUGACAUCAACGAAUUGAGCAACGACCCUAACCACAUAUCAAACCAAGUACCAAAGGACACCUCCUUGGGUCACAAGCUAUCGAGUGCCUUUUUCAAUCUCGUCCAUUUUUUCAAAACUGGCAACUGGUGCGAGAGCAGACAUUUACAAAAGACUAUGUUUGAGUUCUUGGGCAACCUAACAUUCAGAGAAAGCUACAACAGAACCGGCCGGAUAUUGAACAUUACUGUCUCGUCUGCAUCUUCCUACGAGCAGCCAAACUUGUUAAACUACUUGACAGCUCCAAACGUCUUAGUAUGGUCUGCAGUCUGUGCUUCGUGUGCUCUACCAGGUUUCUUCCCUUCAACAACUUUAUAUGAGAAAAACCUCAAAUCAGGUAAAAUACAGGAAUGGAAUCACCCAUCUGUCAAAUUCAUUGACGGCUCUGUGGAUAAUGAUAUUCCCUUGCAAAAGUUGUCAGAAUUGUUCAAUGUCAACCAUAUUAUUGUUUCACAGGUGAAUCCUCAUAUUGUGCCAUUUUUAAAGCUAUCUUUAAAAUGUGUUGGCGGAGAAAUCGAAAAUGAGUUUAGUGCUAAAUUAAAAAACAUUUCAAACAGUAUAUUUCAAUUCAUUAACCUAGAAUUCAUACAUUUUUUGAACACGCUUGAUUACUUGAACAUUUCAACUGACAUCACUAAAAAGAUCAAAUCUGCUUUUAGUCAACAGUACUCUGGGGAUAUAACUAUAUUGCCUGGCAUUAGGAUCUUGGAAUUGGACAAAAUGUUGACUGACCCAAGCCCAGAGUUUUUGUUGGACUGCAUCGUCAGAGGCGCCAGAGCCACCUGGCCAAAAAUAGAUUUGAUUCAUAACCACUGCUGCAUUGAAUUUUUAUUGGACUCAACUAUAUCAAAACUAAGAUCAAGAAUCAUUUCAAAAAGACAACACAUCCAAAGCAGCUACUUGUUAAUAUCCAAAAGGGACGGGUUGUAUCUGAAUGAUAUGAAACGAUAUGGAUGGAAUAUUUGCAGUACUGGCGAUGAAAAUAGCGCUAAAGGUUUUGAGAAUAUAGACACUUCACCUGAUGGUUCGAAUUCUAGUGAAAUAAUAAACAUAAAUUACAGUUGCCGGCCACGAUCAGAAAGUUCUCCUCUUGAGUCGUUUUUUCGAGAGAAAAAACACACACUGAUUGAGAGAAAAACAAGCAUAAAAAGGCUUCAUUCAACUGAUCACAAACACGCAAAAGUCAAAUAUGGUAAAAUCAGAAGUAACAGUUCCAAGUCUCUAAAGAGAACUUCAUUGACAGAAUAUAAUGGCAAUCGACCGGGCAAUCGACUAUCUUCUUCAUUUUCAAGUCUCACACAUUCGUUUAAUGACAGCUGUUUUGAAAAAUUGCUUAAUAGCAAUGUAGAUGGAAGUUGGGACACCAACACACCAAUUAGCAACAAUAUUGGAACCAACUCGUUGUCCAGUUUAAACAUUGAAAAUCAGUUGUAUUUCAAAAAUGAAUUUGGUGUUGACAAUGAUGAUGAUGAUGAUGAUGAUGAUGAUAAUGAUAAUGAUAAUAACGAAAAGGAUGGAUCUGUUGAGGGAGUGAGAGUCAACCAAUCAAAUGCACAAGCAUCAUCAGGGAGCAUGGUGAGACAAUUGAGUGCCAAAAGUAUGGAUUUAAACGAAAAGGUUUAUAAAAAACUCAAAAAAAGCAAAGAGACCAACAAUUCCAGUGAGUAUAUAAUGUUUUCAGCAAGCACAAAUGGUAAGAAAAAUGUUGAGUGGAUUGAAGAAAGUCAAAAUAUUGAGGGCGGUAGGGUCACGAAGUCUUUUUGGAAGAAGCUAAAUUCGAAUGACACAUUUGAGAUUGAUUUUUCUUCUGAAAACGAAUCAGAAGCAAAUGAGUUGGUAUCCGAAUUGAUUGGUACACCCGGUAUUGAUUUAAGUCAAAUUCAGUAA